GAAGAACAUGGCAAGCCACUCUUUGGUGUUCAUUUUAAUUAUUCUUAUAGCCAUCCUGAUGAUUCCAAGAUAUUUGCAUCAGUGGGAGCCAAUAAGGUUUCAAUAUAUCAAUGCACUGAUGAUGGUAGAAUUAAGUUACUCCAAGCUUAUACCGAUCCUGACCCAGAAGAAGAUUUCUAUACUUGUGCCUGGUCUUACCUUCACAAUACAUCUGAAUUAAUUUUGGCUAUUGCAGGAGCUCGAGGCGUUAUUAGAAUUAUUAACGCUGCUACUACCGUUUGCAUUAAGUGUUAUCCAGGCCAAGGAAAUGCCAUUAAUGAGCUUAAAUUCCAUCCUUUGGAUCCUAAUAUUUUAGCUUCAGUUGGAAAAGAUCAUUUAAUUCAUUUGUGGAAUAUUAAGAAUGAUACAUGCAUUGCCAUUUUUGGUGGAAUUGACGGUCACCGAGAUGAAGUCUUGAGUGUUGAUUUCGAUAUUUUGGGAAAAAAAAUAAUCUCUUCUGGAAUGGAUCAUUCUAUAAAAAUGUGGACGUUGGAAUCGGAAAUACUAGAAGAGACGAUCAAGAAAUCCUAUGAAUAUAAUCCUGUGACUGCGGAUAAGUCGUUCAAGAUCCUUUACGUAGAUGAGCCACAAUUUUCUACUCGCGAUAUUCAUCGGAAUUAUAUUGACUGUGUUAGGUGGUUUGGCAAUCUAAUAUUAUCAAAAUCCUGUGAGAAUUCCAUCGUCUGUUGGCAGCCGACGUGUCUGACGGAGAAGCUCAAUCCGAAUAUUAAGAAGGAACGAAAUUGUUUUGAACGUUCUAGGUUUGACUAUAAUCAAUGUGACAUCUGGUACCUCCGAUUUUGCUUAGAUUAUCAACAAAAGACAUUAGCUGUUGGAAAUCAAGUUGGGAAGGUAUUCUUAUGGGACUUGGAAAACGAAAAUUUAAGUCAGCAUCGUGCUGUUGUUUUAUCACAUCCGAAAUGUUCUGCUGCCAUUCGACAAAUAGCUAUUAGCCGUGACGGCUCUUGCUUGGUUCAUGCUUGCGAUGAUGGAACUAUCUGGCGAUGGGACAAAAAGAUGUAG